AUGAUUAUUACAAGUAUCGGAAAUCCUUACAGGCACAUUAAUAUUCUUGCAGAAUUUAUAGCCGAACAAUUAAAAAAUAGAGUUUCAUUUCUCAAAGCAAGGAAAAAAGCUAUUGAAUUAACAGAACAGACAGAUACAAAAGGAAUUCAAAUACAAAUUGGGGGGCAUCUUGACGGAAAAGAGAUUGCACGCGUUGAAUGGAUAAGAGAAGGUAGGGUCGGGAACGGAUAA